AACUUCCACUGAUUUAGGCCACCCUCAAUGCAGGGCAAUUUGCAUGCUUACGCAUGUCCUGAAUCCUUCGUAUUCCUAGCGCUUCGAGCCCUCUGCAGCUGUGCCCCGCCGGGCAUGUUAAAUCCGGGUUCCCCGCUGUCAAAUGCACCAGGUGCACCCUCUCCUACCUACUCCGCAGGCUGAAUUCAACAAUCUACUUGGGUCGUUAUCUGCGCAUUUCUAAGCUUCAAACCCAGAGUUCUAGAGUGGGUUGCCCGGCCUUGUCUUCUUGAAAGUCAUCCCGGCAACUUUCUUGUAUCUGCUCGUUGUUUCUCCUCUCAAUUGCUCAAAGCGUACUGCGUUGAUCCCUACACUCCAAGAGGUAUGCCUGGGCCAAAGAGACACAUCGAGACUCGUCUUCUCAUCAACGGGGAGCUUGUCGAGUCCGAGAAGACGUUUGACUUGAUCAACCCCGCCACUCUAGAGCCGGUUGCCAAAGUCUACGAAGCCUCAGAAGCAGACACAAACGCCGCCGUUGCGGCCGCCAAGGCCUCCUUCCCAGCCUGGUCCGCCCUCAGCGUCGAGCAGCGAGCUGUCCCCCUGAAGAAACUGGCUCAGCUGAUCCGCGAGAACCAUGACGAACUCGCAAGCCUCGAAGCCAUGUCUAUGGGCCGGCCCGUAACCCAUUUCUUCGACGCCAUGGAGGCAGCAUCCCGGAUCGAGCACUACGCCGAAGCCGGGUACGAAGUGCAGGGCACGACAAGCAUUCAAACCCCUGGAUACGUCAACAUGACCUUCAGACAGCCCUAUGGCGUAGUAGCAGCCAUCAUCCCCUGGAACUAUCCCCUUUUGUUCUUGGCUGGCAAGUUGGCCCCCGCGUUGAUCACGGGAAACACAGUUGUGUUGAAGAGCAGUGAGAAAGCCCCUUUGACCUCCGCCAAAAUCGCCACCCUCGUCCUCGAGGCCGGCUUCCCCCGGGGCGUCUUCAACAUCAUCACAGGCUUCGGCAACAUCUCCGGCUCCAUCCUUUCCCACCACAUGGACGUGCGCGCCCUCACCUUCACCGGCUCCGGGCGCACCGGCCGCCUCAUCCAAGUCGCCGCGACGAAAUCAAACCUUAAGCACGUGCUGCUCGAGCUCGGCGGCAAAUCGCCCGCCAUCGUCUUCGCCGACGCCGACCUCGACGACGCCGUCGCCGCGACGGUGCAGAGCAUGAAGCAGAACAGCGGCCAGGUCUGCAUGGCGAACAGCCGCAUCUACGUGCAAGACAGCAUCGCCGAGAAGUUCAUGGCGGCGUACCAGAAGACGUUUGCGCUGGUCACGAUGGGGGAUACGCUUGACCCCGCGACGAACCACGGCCCGCAGGCGGACGCGGUGCAGCACGAGACUGUGCUGCGGUAUAUCGAGGACGGGAAGAAGGUUGGGAAACUAGUCGUGGGUGGCGAGGCGGCGACGGAGCAUGAUGGGUUCUUUAUCCGCCCGACUAUCUUCACUGAGGCGCCUGAGGACUCGAACAUCAUGAAAGAGGAGAUUUUCGGUCCGGUGGUUAACAUCAAUACCUUUGAGACGGAGGAGGAGGUCUUGGCGAAGGCGAAUGAUACCGAGUUCGGGCUGUAUGCGAGCGUGUUUACGAAGGAUAUUGAUCGGGCGAUGCGGUUUGCCAAGGGGCUGGAGAGUGGCGUUGUAGGUAUAAACUGCACGAGCCCGACGCACAUGAAAGAUGGGCCGUUUGGUGGGUAUAAGAGCUCUGGCAGCGGGAGGGAGGGUUAUAGGUAUUCGAUGGAGAAUUUCUUGGAGACGAAGGCUGUGUGUAUCAAGCUCGGCGGGUCGGCUGGUUUGUAAAUCGUUCUCAAUGAUAGAAGGAACGCAAUUGGAACUUCACAUGAUGAUAUCCAUGACUCCAAGGCCGCACAGCACCUCUCAAGAGCGGUGCGAGUAAAAUGGCGAAUGGACUUAUGGGAGCUUGGCUUUGCAGGGGCGUGGAUACUUGGUAAACUUCUAGUCCUCAUUAAGACAUUCUCAUGCACGAAGACUUCCUCGGAAU